GACCCCACCCCCGCUCCAAGAGGGACGGAGCGCAAUCAAUAGAGGCACGGAGAAAAAACCCUGUUCUGACCCGGCUUUAUUUGCCCUCAAUCCGGGCCUCAUGCUGUAGCAGACUGAACGAGCGAGAGCGAGAGACAAACAUACAGAUUGAGUCGGCGAGGGACAGGGCGGAAUAGAGGAGAAGGGAUUGUUCAUUCGGCUCUAGACAUGGGAUGUACACUCAGCGCUGAGGAGCGCGCUGCUCUGGACAGGAGCAAAGCCAUCGAGAAAAACCUGAAGGAUGAUGGAGUCACUGCCGCAAAGGAAGUGAAACUGCUACUGCUUGGGGGAGGAGAAUCGGGCAAAAGCACCAUCGUCAAACAGAUGAAGAUUAUCCAUGAGGAUGGCUUUUCUGGGGAUGAUGUGAAGCAGUAUAAGCCUGUGGUCUACAGCAACACCAUCCAGAGUUUGGCUGCCGUCCUCCGAGCUAUGGACUCUCUGGGCAUCGAGUACGCAGACAAGGACAGAAAGGCGGAUGCUAAGCUGGUGUGUGAUGUGGUCACUCGUAUGGAGGACACAGAGCCCUACUCAGCAGAGCUGCUGACAGCUAUGAAGCGUCUGUGGGCUGAUGCCGGGACCCAGGAGUGUUUCAAUAGGGCCAGGGAGUACCAGCUCAAUGACUCCGCUGCCUACUACCUGAACAGUUUAGACCGUAUUGGUGCUGCUGACUACCAGCCCACCGAGCAGGACAUCCUGAGAACCCGAGUCAAGACCACUGGGAUCGUGGAGACCCAUUUCACCUUCAAAAACCUGCACUUUAGGCUGUUUGAUGUUGGAGGUCAGAGGUCAGAGAGAAAGAAGUGGAUCCACUGCUUUGAGGAUGUGACGGCCAUUAUCUUCUGUGUGGCGUUAAGUGGCUAUGAUCAGGUUCUGCAUGAGGACGAAACAACUAAUCGCAUGCACGAGUCCCUCAUGCUCUUUGACUCUAUCUGUAACAACAAGUUCUUCAUCGACACCUCCAUCAUCCUCUUCCUCAACAAGAAGGAUCUUUUCGAGGAGAAGAUUAAGAAGUCACCACUGAGUAUCUGUUUCCCUGAAUAUACAGGUGCUAACACUUAUGAUGAUGCUACCGCAUACAUUCAGGUGCAAUUUGAGAGUAAGAGCCGUUCGCCCAACAAGGAGAUCUACUGUCACCUGACCUGUGCCACUGACACAGGAAACAUCCAGGUAGUGUUUGACGCAGUCACUGACAUCAUCAUCGCCAACAACCUGAGGGGGUGUGGCUUAUACUGAGGCCUAGCCCUGCACAGAGGUUGCAUUGGAGGGCGUGAGGUGGUUAAUAAUAAUAAUAAUUUUGAUGAUACUAAAAGGCAUAAUUAUGUAAAUCUACAUGUCCAAAGGGACUCAAAGAGCUGCCGCCAGACACCACGACGGAUUCUUUGCCAUGUUUUGUUCCUCUAUUCCUUUUUUUAAUUUCAGAAUUCCACCACCCCUCUUUUGUUUAUUUGUUAUCAACAUGUGUUUCCUAUUGAAUGUCUUUCAUGUUUUGUUGAUUGUGUGAACAACUGUAAGAUGUAAAUCAGAAAAGGGGAGGUCCAAGGGGUAUAUUCUGUUUUCGUGCCAUGUUUCGCAACAAAUUAGAUAGAAAUGUUAUGCAUAGAGCGGAGAAGGUCCUCUUUUCCUUGCGAUAGAGAUUUGUGUCAGUUCUAUACAUUACAUCUCUAUCUGCAACAUCCAGAACAUUGAGCCACAAUGAAUGUACCCCUUGGUGCUCCGUUUGCAGAGGUGAUGUUGUGCUCUAGGUGAUGAUGUAAUAGGAGAGGUACUGGUGGCUGGGGCUCGUAGUGGGGGUUCUGUCCAGCGUUGGAUAGAACCCCCCUCUGUUGGACUCACACAGGGCUGCUCUACAUGAGCUCCUUCUGCUCUGUUUUAUUCCUCUCUCUUUCAA